AUGGCUGCUUUACAGAGGUCUGAACUAUCGUAUAGAAGGCAAGGGUCAUCUGCAGGUAUAAUAUGGGAGGAUCGGUAUUUCUCUGGGGACUUGAAUCUUAUGAAGCAGAGACAAGAAGGAAAGAAAGGUGACCUGAGGAAAUGCCAAAGCGACGGAUCCUCUGGAAUGGUUACAAGCAGCAGCUCAAAUGGAGGACCCCCGAAACGCUCCAGGGUAGUAUCAACGGCCUCAGACCCUCCCUCUCCUAAGCUUUCUGGAUGCUGGUGUGUUGCCUUUUCAGCAAAACCUAAAUCUGAGUGA